AUGACCAGACUGCCCACCGAUGACUACAGACGAGUAUCCCAUUUGGAGCGUCAUGAAAAAACACGCCCACCAUCGAACUUUUUCCAACAUGCACUGAUGGCCCGCUUCCUAACAAAAUGCCUCGCAGAAGCUGGUUACUUUGGUGCAUCGCCCAAAGCUGAAGAUCUGGUGACUAUCGGCGGCAUACUUUUGCGUACUUUGCAAUUCGUACAAUUCAAUACACACGAAGUAGCCGAAUUGCAUGCGAAGAAGGCAGAUAGCAAUGAGAAGACGGUAUUCAUUGGUGGUGGACUCUAUCCGACAUUGGCGCUCUUCAAUCACUCCUGCGAUCCGGGUGUAGUGAGAUACUUUCGCGGCACCACUAUACACGUGAACACCAUACGCCCCAUCGAAGCUGGUCUACAAAUUGCUGAAAAUUAUGGUCCCAUUUAUACGCAGGAGGGUCGCGAAAAGCGUCAAGCUGAACUUAAAAAACUCUACUGGUUCGAUUGCACAUGCGACCCGUGCUUGGAAAAUUGGCCCACCUUCGAUCAGCUGCCAACCGAUGUCAUACGCUUCCGCUGCGACGGCCCCAAACAGUGUAGGGCAAUUAUUGAAGUGCCGGCGACGUGCAACGAUUUCAUGAUCAAAUGCGUGACUUGCGGCGAGAGCACGAACAUCUUGAAGGGCCUCAAAGUGAUGCAGGAUACCGAAUUGAUGACACGCACUGCCAAGCGUCUCUAUGAUGCGGGCGAUUACGCGAAGGCGUUGAAUAAAUUCAUUGACCUACUACGCAUUAUGUACGAGGUGCUGGCUCCGCCCUUCCCCGAUUUCUGUCAAUGUCAACAGCACACAAAGGAUUGCUUCCUGCACUUGGGUAAUUUCUAUAAUUUGAAUUAAUUCAUGCGCACAAAAUAAAUACCUACCUAUGUAUAUGUGUAUGUAUAGUUAUGUGGCUAAUUGUGUUUG